AAAUUGAUCGUAAAGAUAACGUGAGAUAAACAUAUACGGUUGUAAAUGACCGAAUAAAAGGCCACGUUAUCGACUAUAUCGAUAAUUGUCCGGUCGAUAGUCAGUCAGUCACCGAAAUGGCGCGGAUCUUGGGUUUCACUGUUAUACUGCUUGCGGCUGUAGCCUGCAAUAAAGCAGCUUCAAACAGGAUCGUUGGCGGAGAGUUGACCACUAUCGAAUACUACACUUCCCUGGUCCAAGUGGAGUUCCUGGGGGUGUUCACUGGCACCUGGAGCCAGUCGUGUGCCGCCAACAUCCUCAACUCCAGGAAUGUAUUAUCUGCUGCCCACUGUUUCGAGGGAUUCCUGUACGAGCCUUCACGUCGUCGUAUCCGCGCCGGAGCCACCUUCCGCAACACCGGUGGAAUCCUCGCCCUGGUCGAACGUGAAUUCAAUCACCCUACCUAUGGUCUUAAUGCCAUGGACGGUGACGUCGCCGUCGUCAGACUAAGCGAGCCCCUGGUCUACAGCCCCGUGGUCCAACAAGCCACAAUUGUCGCUCAAGAUACAGUCCUCCCCGAUAAUCUGCCUGUGGUUCAUGCUGGAUGGGGCGCGACCUCUUGGCAAGGACCCGCUUCCAGUCAGCUCCAAGACGUGACCAUCUACACUGUUAACAACGAGCUUUGCCGCCAACGUUACCUCGCCCUUCCCAACCACGUCGUCACCACCAACAUGAUCUGCGCCGGCAUCCUCGACGUCGGUGGUCGUGACGCCUGCCAGGGAGACUCUGGUGGUCCCCUGUACUACGAUAACAUCCUUGUUGGCAUCGUCUCCUGGGGACACCAAUGCGCCAAUGACACCUUCCCUGGAGUCAGCACCGCUGUUGCCCCUUACACCAAUUGGAUCGUCCAAAUUGCAGAGAGCUAAAUUAAAUGUUGAUU